AUGGGCCCAAAAAGUGGAGCCCAGGAUGUUGAUGAUGAUGUGUCAGCGGACUUGGCAUCAAUUGAACCUCAGCUUGUGAAUGGGAAAAUUGUUAUGAUUGUUGCACAGGGGAACUCAUUGAGGUCUAUUAUUAUGUACCUCAACAAGUUGACUUCCCAGGAGGUUAUCAGCCUGGAGUUGUUGACUAGAAUUCCUAUGCUCUAUAUUUUCAAAGAAGGAAAGUUCAUCCGAAGAGGGAGCCUAGUUGCACCUUCUGAGGCCAGUGUUUAUGCUUAUACUAGGACCUUGGCUCAGUACAGACAGAAGCUAGAUGAGAUGGUAAACUGAAUCUCAGACAACAUGUAUUUGAAAGAUUCACAAUUGUUG